AUGGCACCUAUCAAUAUAGUGGUCAUUGGCGGCUCCUUUGCAGGUCUUCAUAUUGCACACUCGGUGCUUCGUGAUGUGCCCGAUGCGAAGGUGACGUUGAUUAACCCCUCAACCAGUUUCUUUUGGAAUAUCGCUGCCCCACGCAUCGUCGCCAAGCCGACUGCAUUCCGCCCCGAGCAGUAUUUGCUCCCUAUCAAGGACGCAUUUGCAAGCUACCGCGCCGACGCCUUCGAGUUCCUUCCUGGAACUGCUACCGCCAUCGAAACUACUGCCAAGACAGUCACCGUCAAGCCCAAUGAGGGUGAAGCCAAGACCCUAUCAUAUGACUACCUCGUGAUCGCAUCGGGUAGCACAACAUCUGCCACGAAUGGCUCACUCACCGGCACUUCUAUCCCAUUCAAACAGUCGAAUCAUAAUGAUAUGGAGCAACUGAUUGAGGCUGCCCAGGGACACAUCGCUGGUGCAAAGGAGAUCGUCAUUGGCGGUGCUGGCCCCAUCGGUGUUGAGUUGGCGGGUGAGCUUGCUGAAGCAGUGGAGCGAAGUGGAAAUACCGGCAAAGUGUCCAUCACCAUCGUCUCGGCGACUGAGCGUGUGCUUCCGAUGCUCAAAUCAUCCGCCAGCGCAGCAGCACGCAAGAUGCUCGAGCACAAGAACGUCAAGGUCGUGACUUCCAAGCGAGUUGUGCGUGUAGAGACUCCAGCGGAUGAUAGCUCCAGUUGGACCGUCAGCCUGGAAGGCGGGGACAAGCUUUCAGCGGAUCUCUAUAUCCCUACAACUGGUGUCACCCCCAACAACAGCUUUAUUCCGGCUCACCUCCUUGACAAGGACGGCUGGGUGACUGUGAACAAGGAGAUGCGUGUCCAAUCAACUGAUGGAUCAGCACUGCCCAUCUUUGCUGCUGGCGACAUCACCAAUAACUCGAUGCGUCUCAGUUUCAAGGCCGUGGAACAAGCACAAGUGGCCGCAGCCAAUCUCAAAGCCGAGAUUGUAGGCGGGGCGUCGAUCAAGUCAUACAACCAAGGCGACAGCAUUAUGAUGGUGGUACCUGUUGGUGAAACUGGUGGCACGGGUCAGGUCUUUGGGUUUGUGCCUUUCAGCUUCAUGGUUAAGAUCAUCAAGGGAAAGCACUACUUCAUUGACAAGGCAGUAUCCGCACUUGCUGGCAAGGCCUAA